GUAUCGGCAGGUUCUUUGUUUAUUUUAAGCAAAACAGUGACGUCUUAAAGGUAAACUCUGGAUUCUGCUUCAGUUGAGGGAACUUAUAGAAGAAGUUAUUUGCAAACGGCUGAAGGGCUCUGUAGCGGACAAGAAAUAAUUUUCAGUUAAAAAAAGAUGAACAACUCUGAAGUCCACCGCGACUAUAGGCCAAAUGUAAACAUUGAAGAUGUGAGACUAUCAGAGCAUGGUGUUUCACUAAACAAACGCAGAAUCGCUUGGAAUAAACUUCACAGGGACUUAACGUCCCAUCAAAGAGGAUAUUUAGGCUUUCAAGCGAACCAAAAUCUUGAUUGUGAUAGAAUUAAACCCUUCUUUGACAUGGCAAUAAACAAUUUUGGCGAUCCGUUUUCGGCUUCAGGAUUGAACGGUACGAACACAAUAGUCAUGGAACGUGCUGUUCUGGAAUAUUUUGCAAAGCUCUGGGGAAUAAUACGUCCAUCACAACCUAGCAACGGCGACAAGCUCUGGAGAACACGUCAAUCAUACCCUAGCAACGAAGAAGAACGAGCUUACUGGGGUUAUGUCACGACCAUGGGAUGCACCGAAGGUAAUAUGUACGCUUUUUAUACAGCGAGAGAUUAUUUAGCUGGCAUGCCACUUACUGAUCCUAAUCUACUUCAAGACAUCAGCGGCGAGUCCGGCACAGAAAUAAACGAAACAUAUCGUACCCUUGUCCCAAACCACGUUCCCUCCGCCGAUGUAUGCACAAAACGAAAUUUGGCAGCCAAUCCCAACAACUUCACGCCAGUUGUGUUCAUUUCAGAAGAAAGUUAUCAUGGGAAUUUGAAAGCGUUGCACAUGUUGCAGAUGAAAACAUUCCGGGAAAUUGGCAGUGGACAUUUUCCGUGUCCAUUGGAAUUUCCUUACGAUUACCCGACAUGUUUCAAUGGUGAAAAUCUGGAUAAAAACGGUUGGCCACGAGCUGUACCUGUUGACGAAGUUGGUGCGAUGAACAUACCAUGUCUUGUAAAACUUGUCACUCCUUUCUUGUUUAGAGGUUAUCCCCCCCUGAUCGUGUUCACAAGUGGUACCACAUUCAGAGGAGCUUACGACAACCCAAAAGCUGCCAUUGAUAAGCUUGUGCCCAUCUUGAAAGAACACAACAUGUACGAACGCCCGGUACAAUCUUCUGUGAGUCCAACAAAAUUUGAUGUUCGUAGUGGAUUUUGGUUUCAUAUAGACGGUGCAAGUGGUGGGGGGCAACUUGCUUUCCUUGAGAUGGCGAUGAAUCAGGGCUUGGUCGAAGAUUCGUUUCCAGAUGGUUUCCCUCUGUUUGAUUUCCGUAUUCCUGAGGUGAAGUCAAUCGCAACUAGUCUCCACAAGUGGUUUGGCUGCCCUUUUCCUGCUGCCUUGUUCAUGAUGAGAAAGAUGGAUCAAGUAAAACCUUUUGAAAAUCCCUCAUUUAUCGGCGGGAAUGACAGCACUGUAUCUGGUUCAAGAAACGGGCAUAGUGUAUUGGUACUAUGGGAUCUGCUUUCAAGGAAAUCUUACAACGAUCUCGUAGAAAUAGUCGUGCGUGAGGAGGCAAUGGUGACGUUUUCACUCGGUAAGUUCCGAGAUCUGGAAAGAGAUCUGAAGUUGGACUUGUGGUUGUUGCAUUCGCCUGGGUCACUGUUCAUCUUAUUUAAGCAGCCAAGACAGGACAUCGUCCGUCGUUACUCCUUGGCUUCGAAGGCACUGAACGUAAAAACUCCGGAUGGUGAAUUUGAACGCAGAAUUUAUUCUCGUAUUUGUUUGAUGCCGCAUGUCACAGCGGAUUUGAUUCUGCAGUUGAUCGAAGAACUUCGAACACCCUCAGCUUUUCCUAAUCAACAGUAACCUGAUCUGAUCGUUGCCAUCACGCAAGUCGAAAGGCAGAAAACAAAUAUGCAGGAAAUAGAUUUAACAGUUGAAUUAACAAAAGAAUAGUUAUUACAUAGUGCACGCAUCACUAGAUAUGAUAAAUAUAAUAUAGCUGGCCGUUUUAGAUUGCUAUAUAACAUGAAGACUUUAAUUCUUUUUGUCAACAGUUUAAUGAUAUAUAUAACGUCUAUGUAGCAUUUACUUAAAGAUAGAAACCUUGGAUAGGCUUUUACACUUUUUUCAUAAUAAGCUUACUACUGCAGAACUAGUAUUAAAAAAAUACAUAAAUUAGGGAUAGAUGUUUUCCUGUUUUAUUUCUUUUCAGUUAGCAAUAUUCAGGCUGUGGAUGCACUAUUUUAGCUUAUCCUAAUCUUGUACUGUACCCUUCAGUGGAAGUAGUGGGGACUCUGGGAUAAUCUAAGGCUGGUUUAAGGCUAAGUCUAAGGCUGCCACUGCAACG